GGUAUCCCCCCCCCCCCCCCACCCCCCACCUGGAUCGCCUGCCUUCCUCCACACACAACCCUAGCCCGCCGGCCACCAACCAUGGAGAUCUCAGCCGCCACGGCCACGGCCGGCUCUUCCCCGCCAGCCAAGCCGGUGCUCCUCCGCCCCCACGCCACCUCCUCCGCUACCACCACCAUCAGCCGCCGCGCCUCCGCCUCCGCCUCUACCACCGUCCGCCGCCGUCGCGCGCGCACCCGCCGUUCCAAGACCAUCUCCGGCGCGGGCGGCGAUGACGGGGAGGGCCCUUUCGGACCCGGCUGUGGCGGGAGCGGCGGCGGCGGCGGCGGCGGGUGGAACCAUGGUUUCGGGUCCGGAUCUGGUCAAGGCUGGGACUCAUCGGAGCCCGACGUCCCCACGCCCCGCCGAUCGGCGGCGGAGGUGGCGCUCGGCGUGAUCUACGAGCUCAUGUGCCUCAUCGCGCUCUCCAACUGCACCCAGUUUGCCGUGCGGAGGCUCGCGGGGCUUCUCGCCGCCCGCGUCGCCGCGCUGCGCUUCGUCCCCAGAGUCUGCUGAGGUGGGGAUCCUCUCGGACGGUUCAGUCUCCUACUGCCCGGUCUCUCCCCUGAUGUAGGAUCUGCUUCCUCUACCCGAAUUCUGCUUGUGUAUAUAUGUGCGUGCCUGUGAAUUUAGGGGUUGGGGGGCUAGGAUCCUUGUUCCUUGCUGAUUGCUUCUGGCGAUCCGUGAAAACAAAUUCGUCGAAUUGAAAUGGAAGAACAUAUGAACAAGACCUUCUAUUUUCUUGGACUA